AUGGUAUGGUCGCUGACAAACAUUGUCUUUUUCUUGAUGCUUAUCGCGACAUAUGAGGUGGAAAUCAUCACUGUAUAUGCUGGUGUGAUUACAAGAGGAGUUGUUGAGUAUUUUCAGGUAAAUUAAAGCCGCUAUGGAGCAAGAUACACCUAUUUGAGAGGGUAAAUUUGUUGUUGCAGAUCCCCCAGCUCUCGCCGAUCCUCCAAACCGCCAGCUUUUCGCUCUUCGAUAUGCAUGUUGUCAUCACUUUGUGUCGCUUUCUCUUUCGAUAUGCCCAGAGCACUGAAAAACGGAGAUUGCUGUUUAUUAUGUCCCAUAAGCAUUUCUUUGCCUUCUUAUUCUUUUUAUACAUUGUCAUUCUUCUUGUCACCAUCUAUCUUCGACGGAAUAUAUUGCAAAACGGAAUCGAAUUUCAACGACAAUUCCCAAGCGAGUUUGUGGAGCAGAAAAAGUACAUUAUGAGUCAUGUUGUCACAGUUUCUGAUGUAAGUUCAAUUGGGAAUGUUGACUGUAUAUUUGACACAAUAAUCCUUUUUUGCGACUGUUCUAGUGUAAAAUACGAUACAUUAAGCUAUGCUAUUUUUAGGGCUUCUCCAUCAACAACUUCUUCGAGUUCAUUGCCUACCCAAUCACCCUUGUCGCCGGCGGCUUCUGCACCUACAAAUGCUACGCAUUCCAACGCAGAGCCAAGAGUAAAUUCAGCGAGAGAACUCAGUCAAUGUACAAGCUACUUAUCUAUGGAUUGAUCAUCGAGCAAGCCGGCGAAUUAGUUUGCUUUGUCAUUCCGUUUAUAUUGGUUGGAAUAUUACUUCCUCCGGCCAAACAAAGCAUCGGAUUUUACGUUGUUCAUCGGAUAUUUUACAUUUAUCCGACCUUUGUCAUGAUCUUUACACUCACCUUUUACCGGAGGUUCAGAGAUGGUGUGAAACAAAUGUUUGGGAGAAUCUACGGAAACAUCGGAAUUCCUUCAUUGGGGCCCUUAAAUACGACUGGUCGAUCUUCAACUCUCGCGUCAAAUUUAAGCAUAGUAUGA